AUGGAAAUCAAUUACAAAGAGUUGUACUUUAAGAAGAUUGAAGAGUGUAAAUUAAAACAUUGUUCUAAAGAGUCUGUUCAUAAGAAAGAGAAAGAAUUGAAAGAAAGAAUUGUUUUGAUAGAAAAGAAAUUAGAUGAAGCAAUAGAAAUGAUGAGAAAGAAAGAUAAGUUGACAAAUGAAGAAACAAAAGAAAUUUCUGAGCAGAUAAACACAAUGAAAUUUGAAUUAAUAUCAAAACAAGAGAAAGAAAAAUAUGAAACACAAAUAAUACAGUUAAAAAAUCAGUUUUUAAUAGAGAAAAAACAGAUGAUGGAAAAACAACAACAAUUAAUUCAACAAUUAUAUCAAUAUCAAUGCAAAUGUACUGAACUUAUUCAAACAAGAAAACAGAAUCAAAGUCAAUUAAAAGAACUCCAAACCCAAAUAGCACAAAUUAAAAUCAAUAAACAAGAAAUGAGUGAAUCAGAAGAAAUGGGAGAGAGAUGGAGAAUGAGUGAAAAGAAAAUUAAACUUCUACAAAAUGAAAAUGACCAAUUACGAGUAAAGAAUUUAGAAUUAUUAUCUCGAGAAUUUGAUUACCAAACAAUUAUCAAUAAACUCAAAACAAAAACAGAAAUCCCAACAACAGAAAAGAUAAAUGAAAAUGAAAUUAUUGUAGAUCAUUUAAGAAAUGAAAUUAAAGAAAUUAAAGAAAAUUAUCAACAAAUUGAAGGUAGUUUAAAUAAAAAAACAAAGCAAGUCAAAAAAUUAAAAAAUGAAAAAGCAGUAUUACAAGAAUCUAUAGAUUCAUUGGAGAGUGAAAUUCGUCAAUUAAAGGAUCAAAUUAUUCAACUUCAAUCAUCACUCAAAAAGAUUCAAGAAGAAAAUAAAAAGAAUGAAAAGAUUAAAAGAAGAUUAAAAGAAAAAAUAACAAUUCUAACUGAAACUCCUUAA